AUGGCUAUUGGUUGUUGCGCUUUAGGUCGUGCAUGUUCCAGGGCAGGCCCAUGAAGGGCUGCUUCUCGUCCGGCGCGGCGUGUGCAAACUCGUGACGCACAACGCGAGCAUGUUGGGGUCCCGUCGGCCGCGGGGUGGCGUCGGGCGGGGCGGCAACAACGGCAACAUCAACAUCAACAAUGGCGUCAAGAAGACACAGCAGCACAACGCCCUGCAUGCGUACACGACCAUGGAGCACGAGGACAGCCCCGUGGCGUUCUUCCACGCCAACCAGGCGCUGACGAGGCACCUCCUGGCAGUCCCCGCCUCUUUGCGUCCCGAAACCGUGCACAAGAGACUCGUUGCUCGAGAUUUCAUUGGCGAAGAGUCGUUUCUGAGCAACGAGACCAAUCGCAGGGUCCUUGCCACGUACUCGUUGACCACAGAUUCCGAGUGCGAGCUCAUCUUCCUCCGCAAGGCGGAUUUCUUUGCCGAUACAUCGUAUUAUACAAGACAGCGUGUGCGAGCCAACAUCCAGCACAUGUCGACAACAACUGCGUCAGACCUUUCUCAGCCAUGUCCUCUUCCUACGCAGCAGAUGCGCCAUGGGGUAGGCACGAGCCAGCAGCGGGAUCGGGAAGGCGCGAAAUGGAUCGCAUUCAAGAAGAAACUCGUGCACGACGUACUGCACAAGCAAGGUUGAUAUAAGAUGUCGUACAAGGGGGCCCUCAAUGUAAAGAAGAAAUGAUCUUGCCA